AUGGUGGAUGCUCCUUCCACACCCACGCUAGCUGCCGAGCAGCAGCAGCAGACAUCCCGAAAGAAAGCUGCAACGAGUCAAGCGAUGUUGAGGUUGAUGAGGGACAACGAAGCAGCUUUGAAAGCCUUGCUAGUGCACAGCGGCAAAGUGUUGCGUAUCAGAUCGGACACGUCGAUGAGCUUGCAGAACAGCAAACAGAUGCAAACAUCAGCUCCGCUCGAAGCGAUGAUCGUCGAUUCCCAAAAUGCAAUGUUUGCAGAGGAGCAAGCGGAAGCAAAGACUGCCAGCACCUCCCGCUCCACUGAUGCGGUGAUGCAGGAGCUCUUGAAGAGUGUCAAGGAGGAUGUUGCAUCGACACCUGGAAUGGUAGAGGUGCUACACAAUGCAGAAUCGCUGGGCAGAGGCUGCAAUGCUCUUGCUGCGUGGCUGGUGAGUGGCUCGUUGGAGUGCGAAUCUGAUUGGGCCAUCACGCAGUCGCUUAGCUGUGGCUGGAUCAAACAAGAUCAAGCCCAUGCAUGUUUGGUUUGCAGUUCGUAUGCGACCAAUUGCUCUCGUUUCGCAUACUCGCUCACACCUUUUCCGCAUUCUGCAAAGUCUUAUGCCCAGACGUUGCUGCUCUCCGAGCUAGCUCGAGCGCAGGUAAGAGAAGCGCAAGAGGCGCUCGAACAGGCAAGAGCGGCUGAAACAGCUCGACUGGAGCAAGUCGCAGCGGCUGAGGAAGCCGCAAAAAUGGCAGCAGAAGAGAGGCAGCGAAAUGAAAAGGAUGCAGCGGACAAGAUGGCGAAAGAUGCGAGUACAGCAGCUGCAGGAGACACCGUGGCUAUCGAGUCACGCAAAGGAGAUUCUGCCACUGAAAUGCACAACGACGAUGAGGACGACGACGAUGAUGUCCCCCUAGCAGCAGCGAGCAAAGCCGCUCUGACAGGAGCUACAAGAGCCCCGACGAUCGACAUGAACCCUGAGCAGCCUAUCGAUCUCACUUUGAGCCCGUCAGGGUCGCCAGAGAUUUCGAAAGCGGAAGCGAGCUCCACCGCCAAUGUACCGACAUCAUCAGCAGUAGCGCCGAGCGGCACGGAUCCUGCUUCACUCCUGGCGUCUCUGACAGGCAUAGCUGCAAAUCCAGCCUUCGCUUCAUUGUCGGAGACGGCCGACUCGUCAGGUCCAAGCACAUCGCUGCCUCUGCCCACUUCAGACGCCAACGAAGCAAGCUCAGACUUCAAUCUGUGGGACAUGGACCUGUCCAGCCUGGAUAUGACUCAAUUGUCAAGACUGGCAGCAGGGUCUCCCGGAAAGGGAUUGACCGUUGCAAACGAGUCGGGAUUGGACCUGUCCAAGCUUGACGCUCCCACCGAUCCGCCCAACAAGGGCAAUCUGCCACCGGACACGACCGCUGCAGGUUCAGACGCAAGCGCAAGCAACGCCAUGUCUACAGACUUCUCCUUUUUGGGAAACAUAGCUCCCGACUCGGCUGGAUCCAUGGGCGCUUUCGACAAUGGUACUUUUGACAUGGGUGAUGGUACGGGGAUGGGCAUGGACCUCAGCAACCUUGACUUUGACUUUGGAGAGUUUCAAAAGCAGUUUGAUAGCACCAAUGAAGGCGGUGCGGAGGAUGGAGGCUAG